AUGCAAAUAAAAUUGAAUACCCUCGAACAAGGAAAAAUUGAAAAUACCUUAGAAAUAAGCGGAAUACCAAAAGAACAACAAGAAAAUUUAUCUGAAAUAGUAAGGAAAAUUGGAAAUGCUAUCAAUCAAGAUAAUAAUGACAUCAAGAAGAUUUAUAGAAAAGAAAGUAAAGGGUCGGCAUCUCAAAAAAGACACUCUUCGGUCGUUGUGCUGACACUCCGAGAGGGAUGCAGGGACAAAUGGCUAGAGGCAGCCAAAGCAUGUUCCCUCUCUCCAAGAGUAAUUGGGAAGGAUGGAGAAGGCAGAAUACAUCUGCGAGAAGCUCUCACUCCAGCAACGGCAUACCUUUUAUGGAAGACCAAGUCUGAGCUCAAGGAUACCAACCUAGUGCAGUUCGUAUGGUGUAAACGCGGUAAUAUAUUAAUUAGGAAGUCCGAAAAUGAUAAAAUCUUUGCAAUAAGAUCGGAGAGUGACGUCGAGAAGUGGGUAACAGCGCUAAAAAACAAAGCCUGA